GGGCAGAAUAGGGAAGAGAAAUUGAAAACAAGUUUUAAAACUCUGGUUUGUAUCUGACAUUGUGGAAAUUUUCUUUAAAGUUUCAAGGGAAAAAAAAUGAUGGACAGUAUAGAAGUAGAUUUUUUUUUUUUUUCCUUUUGGGGUGAGGGAUGUCCUUUUAUAAAUGUGAAGCAAAGGAUUCCUGUAAUGCUCUGGUCAGUCUCGGAUCCCAUGAGUCACGCUGAAGUGCUUCUCUUCUCUCCCUCCAUCUGUCCUCAGAAAGGCUGUGUAAUCAUGUCUAAGCCUCUCCAGCUACAGUGUUGGACAGUAGACUUCCAUCGAUAGUGAACAUCACCCCAGUACCACUUCUAUUUCUUCAUCCUCCCAUCCUGCAGUAUGGGAGGAGUUACUCGUUCUGCUCCCACACUGACAUGUCUGCCUCUGUUGGUUGUCGUUCUGUUCCCUAAGCCCAAAAAGCGUGGAGUAGGGAACAACAUUAAAGGAUGAAGCUGAGAGGAAAUGAAGUUUGAAAACAGUGUAGCAGGGCUAUAGUUUUAUAACAAAAGCAGGAUGUCCCUCUAAACGCGAGAUACUUGAGGUGUGUGUAGUGGCAUUUUAAUGUGUUUUUAUCAAAGCAGCCAUAUCCUUUUUUAAACUUAAUUGAAAUACACAAGCCUUGGUUUUCAAACCCUGAUGCAGAGAUUGCUGCCAUGUUUCUUGGUAGAAAUAUUAAAAACUGGACCUGCCAUUUUUCUUUUUUUUCUUAGAUUCUUUGUCCUUUUGUAUGUUGCUCACAGUUACCUUACAGCUGAUAAGCUUUGCAUCUCUUUUUUUUUUUGUCACUGAAGUACAUAUUUUGUAACCAGCCUCUUGAAGGUAACAUAAGGCAGCUAACUAGUUGGAUUUCUGGUGCACAUGCUACCAGAUUUUUAAUCCUGUUUGGACUUCAGAGAGCUUUUAGAUGUGAUACACUAAUAUGACCACGAAGGACACUUGGCUGAAUGACAGAGGGAGCCCGAAGAUACUGAGCACAGUGUGGAGCCUAUACCACAGAAUGGAACAUUAAUAUAACAGCCAAGUGAUUGUCUUGUGUGAUUCAUAGCCAUGGAUUUUAUUGAGGCUGGUAAAUUACUUUACCUUGGCUUAUAAAAAUUUAAGUUCUCUUAACAUUCUUUACUAUAAUGAAACUACUGUUGCCGUUACAAUAAAGAUGAUCGGUGUUUCCAUUGUAAAUCUUUUUUUUUUACCUGGUUUAGUUUUGCAGAACAGCUUAAGGCUGGAGUCAAUUAUCAGUCUUCGGAAAGAAGUGAAUGUGCUCCCCUUUCCUCCUCACCAACUUUUCCCAUCCUCUGGGAGGGCAGAGCCUCUUGCAUCCCCUGCACUCCUCGCUCAGCGUUUCUUGGGUAAUAUGGGGAAAUAAAUGGCCAAAUUUCAAAUAAUGUUUGGGUUGAUAUUUUGGGGGUAGUAUAUACUUUCCUUAGUGUCUGGCCCAUGUAGUUUUUUCCCCCUUCAGUCAAGACUGUGUUUCAAGCUAUACUAGUUUCUUUAGAGUCUUGAUUUAUUUUUGGUAUUAAAAUGUACAAGGAUCACAUAAAUGUAGAAUACCUUUAGUUGACCUGAUCACACAGCUACUUCUUUACCUGCUAGACCAGAUAUUUUUCUGAAGAGUGUAUUUUGUAAGUUCCAUUUAAGAUAUCUAUUUGUGUUGGUUUUUUUUAAUUCUCCUAACAUGGUUAACUUAAGUUCAGGCUGUGAAAAAUCCAUUUCCGUUGUUUUCAGUUCAGGUUUUGGACUGCAGAUCCUUUUGUGCCUGGUGAUUUUGGCCCUUUCUCUUGUAAAACUGUUGUGCUUUCUCAUAUAUUCAUCUCUAAUGGCUGUUACAGGCUGCAUGAUGCUAUGUUUGAGUUUGUGUCACAACCCAAACACUAUGUAAAUCCUGUUCUACUACUGGGAUUUUGUAACGUUUUCUAAAACCUUACUGUUUUGCUGGUUUGUGCAGACACUAAGCCCUAACGGUCUCUUGGUUACCCUGUUAGAAAUACCACAGUUUACAUUUUUACAGAUUGAAGAAAAUUGUGAAGGUUAAUACAUAACUUUUCUUCUUAGUACACGCUUUUCAGUAGCAACAGACUUAACGUUUUAAAAUGUCCUUCUAAAUUAAUUUGUGUCUUAAGCAUUCUGGUUUCUUGAAGGAAAGCUAUUAAAAAAAGCCUUUCUCUAGAGACAUGAAGAGUCCUCCAAGGAGCAGAAAGCUUCAUUCACAGAAGAAAGCUUUGAAAAGAUUGUCUUCUGUUAAACAGCUGUAGUUGUGGAGCCUCUUGCAGAGAGGUAAACAGGUUUAUUCCAAAGUUCAGAUAACCUUGUGCCCUGCCCUGGUCUCACACUUAAAAAGGCUCGUUAUUAAUUUCUCUUCUGUGUCCCUCUGUACGUUCUGUUUUACAUUUGUAUGCAAAGAAUACUGUCUUUAAUUGGCCACAAGGCUUGAUCAGUAAAGAUUUGCGAUUUUGGUUGGAGUUUCAUCCUGAAGAUUACUUGUUCCAGUUUGUAUUUGAUCAGCAUGAGAGCACCAAACAUGUCAAGCUAGAUGGAUUUCAGAAUGGCUUGUGGGUGAGAGCACUUAGAAAUAUGGCAGCCAAGAAACUUUUAGUUCUGUUGUGUUAACUUCAGCAAAGCAAAGGAGUGCCUGGGGAGAGAAGCAGUACACCCUACCUAAAUGCUAGGGAACGUGACAAAUGCCAGGUAAUGGCUCUGAGCGUGCUCAGCUCCUGUGCCACCACACAGCUGCAUCUGCAGGUGAUGAACUAUCAGGGCAGUGGCAGAAAAUGCACUUGAAUUUCUUUUUCUUUUUUUCUUUUUCUUUUUUUUUUUCCCCCUCCACUGAUGGUCACAAAGGUACAAUAGACACUGAGGCACCCAGGUUAAGGAGGGAGGGAAGUAAACUGUAACAUGCUGGAAGCUUUUGAGCUGUAGAAACUGGUGCUUUGCUUUAUGUAAUUUGUUUGUGAAGUGUUUAUUUUUAUAACAGAUCAUAUUGUUGAACACAUGGUUCUUAAAAACCACAAACUGAUCCAUGAGUUUAAGUAUUUGAGAAGUGGAAAUUCAUCUGUUGGGGGAGGCAGGAUAUGAAAAAUGUAAGCAGAUAGCUGUUUAAAGGGACACUGUCGCAAGAUAGUUGCUGGCAUAUAGGAUGCGUUAAGUUGGGGGGGUGGGUGGGGUCCCAUCUAUAUGUGGAAAUUAUAUAUUCUAUAUGUAUAUGAUCAAAUAGAAAAUUUUCCCUGGACUUUGAAUAUUUUCCUAUAGUUUUGGGAGGUUUAAAUACAAAUGAUGUGCGUGGAACUGGGCAAUGAAGCUGUUCUGUUCAAAAUGCUCAAGGUGACGUUUUCCUAAACAUGCUGAGGAAUAGGAGAGCUCUGAGAGGUGACAGUGUCCUUUCCAGAGUCCCCAGAUUGAGCAUACCCUCAUUUUAGACUUCCCAUGUCAGUAGCAGACUGGCAUCUGAAUGUCUUUUCACUGAACUCUUUAUAUUAAAAAACAAAACGAAACCGUUUCUAAGUCUAGUCAAGUUCUCACUUAUGUGCUGACUCUGCAUCAACCACUAUGGGAAACAACUAACUGCCUGCCCCCUCCAGCUGCAGCGAGUCGAAUGGGUCCAUCGGUCUGAGCAUGCUCAGUGUGACUGCAAAACACCGUUGUGCAUAUGCUUUGUAUAUUGGGGCAAGGGUUUUUUAUAUAUAUAUUUUGGGAGGGGUAGUGGGUGGGAUGGAGAAAUACUCAAUCAACUUAAGCCAGAAUAAUGUGUGUAAAAGCCCCUGAAGUAUUUGGUGUGUGAGUGCGCGAGUGUGAGUGCGCGCAUGGGAGUGUCUGACAUCUUUAUUCCCUUUUGUGUUCUGAAAAUUUGUGAGUUUUACUUUUUUUUUUCCUGCAGAAGCAAUUGUUAACAAAAAAAAAAUUGUAAAUAAGAGCUACAUAACUUUCUUCUUCUGUUUAACCAUGAACAUCAUGUCACAGCAAACCCUGAAUAAUGGCUCUGAAGGUAGAGAAGGAAGAGACUCCAGGUAGGGCCUUUGGCCUUUGGCUUUCAGCGAAGCAUCGUUGUAUGGUAUGCAACAAAUACUUGUUCGGAGUAUUUGCAGUCCCAUGUUGAGCUUUUCUAAAAAUCGGGCUCUUUGCAGUUACCCUCCUUAUCCCUUUUAAUAUAUAUUAUUUUUUUUAAUGUCAAGAGUGGCCAGAAAAAGGGGGCAGCUGCCCCAUGGUUGGGGUGUGCGCAGACGUGGCUCCCAUCGCUGGGCCCGAUAGGGUUGGCAACUUUUGCAAUACCUUGACAAUACUGAGCUCUACAGCAUGGUACUAGGAGUUCUGUUUGAAUGUAACAUUAAUGCUUUAUUUAAAAUAAAAACAACACUUUUUUUUUCUUUUUUUUUAAAGGGGUUGAAGUGAACAUGACUGUUGACCAUGUUCGUGAAUUUAUAGAUGCAACAUUCAUUGGUAGAAUUGUGUGAUGGUCUUUUGUGCUACUUAAUUUGACAUAUUCCAGUCUCUGUAUGUACCUGCAAAGAAAGAAAAGUUAAAAAAUAACAAAACCCUGCUUUGCUUUUAUUGAAGGGUUCCCAGGACUGCAUACCUGCUCCUGAGCUCUGUUUUAAGUAUGUGUAUCCUUCGCUUGUAUUUUGUAUUAAAAAAAAACACAAGGAAAAAGAACCCUUUAUUGUUCAGCAUGUUGGAAUUGUGUCCCCUCUUUUAUUUUUUCUCCUUUUUGGAAUAUAUUAAGCAACUCAUUCUUCUGUAUCUUUUAUUUUCUUUUGUAAACUUUUUGGUUUUGUUUAAAAAUGGCUUUAUAAAAGGGCUUUUAUAACCCAUAAACACGACUUGUGUAAUUUUUCUGCUAUCCAAGGGUAUUGCUGUUCUGCGGUUGCUUUUUGCUUUGCAAAUGCUAGUGAGAUGUGUUCCUCUGUCCUCAUGUCUCAUGGAUUGUCUUGGGAUUUGUUCCUUUACAGACCCCGUGCUUUCUCUGAGGAGAGUGAGUCAGGUUUUGGCCAGAACAGUUUGACAAGUAUCCUUCCCUGCUACUACCUGUAAGUUGAGGAGAAGACAUAAGGAAUUAAGUCAUCUUGGCAGCAAAGAAAAUUGAGGCUGUCAAGUUCAAAACCUAGCAAAAACCCAAUUACAAGGAGACAAAGCCCUUUAUUUGUCAUCCUUGCUUCCACAAGCUUUCCCAUAGCGAUCAGUAGCCUUUCUAUUUUGCCACGUAUGUCCCAGCAGUGAGAGUAAAUAUACGUUCUGUUCAUUAUCUGGGGGUAUCAGCUAACAGCUGCAUUCAUCCUGUAUGUGCACUUUGGCUUAGUUAGAUAGAGGGCUGUCAGUUCACGUGCAGAUAAAUUGACCCACAGUGCAGAUUGUGUUCUCCAUACAUCAUCACGUGCAUCCGGGUUAUCAUACAUAGCAAGCUUGCAGUUUUAAAAGAUGGGUUAUAGCAGAUCCUUGUCUAAAUUCCUGCAAAACUUUGCUUUUAAUUAGCAACUGGUUCAAAAGCACUUGAUCACUUCUAAAUUCAUGGUGGUCCCUGGGGACAGAUCAACCCCCUUCGCUCUCCGGCUGUGCCAGUGGGAGCCCAGGCCAGCAGCAGAGGGCGUGCAUGGACCUCUGCAGUGCACCCGGGGAUGCUCUGAGCACGCUUCUCUUCCUCCUCUGUCCAGGAUGAGAUGGAAAACACUUUGGCGUUUGUAAUAGGCAGUGCUGUCAGCUGACAAUGCCUUUUGUCAUCAGAAGUUCUGUGUCUUGCUAGUUCUUUGUGUGUUUUGCUUCUGUUAUCUUUUAAAAACUGAAGUUACAGUUCAUCAGGGUAAACACUGUAAAGCAUUUGUUCCUAAUUCCUUUUAGGAUCCCAGAAGCAGCUUGAUCAUAAGGGACCCCAUUUUCCUAAGGGUGUGUUAUGGCAGAACACUUAAGCUUGUGAUCUUACAGCACGUGUCAUUUCAAUGCAUCUUGUAUCUACCCAAUUCAACAGCACACUUAGCCAUGGAGGAUACUAUGGUGGCUCAUCCAUUUGGUGAUGGAUGCAAUUGCACAGGGGACCAGUUUGCUGGUUCCAUUGCAGCAAAUGAUGCAGCAAAUGAUGCUUACUGUGUUUGUUUUCAGAGGUUGUUAGGGAAACUUUGUGAUCUGCCCUCUCUGUUGCUCAACUCUUGCGUGCUUAAUGCCAGCUAUAAGCUGGUGCUUGGCUGCAGCUUCUGUUUCUCUACCUGACUUGGUUAUUUUCUUCCGUAGUGUGAUAAAAUGAGAUUCUGUAUCAAUGGAGUGCUUUAAUAAUGCAGCUUAUGGCAUUCCUCCCUUUGCUUUUUAAACAUACCGGGCACUUAACCUCAUUGCUCUGGUAUCAGCAGUUGUACAAUGCAUUUGUGUCACGGAUGUUUUUUAUCUGGAGCAGAUAUAGUGUUACUUCCAGGUACUGCUGCACUGCUUCAGCUUUUGAUUAAUUGGCGGUGAUGGAAUUAGUAGGUGUGGCACUUACUUUGCCCCAGGAAUAACUACUUAGUAUGAAAUGGUGCAACACCAGGAUCUGCGAGCUCUCCUUAAAGAGCUGCUCUUCCCCACUGCCCCUGGUCUUUGUGUGUAUGAUUAUGAGCAGCUUAAGCCACUUUGUUCCUCGGUAUUGAUCUUUUGAACUGAGUGUAUUUACUGACUGCUCAGCCAGCACAAGUUAAAAGUCCCCAUUGGCUCUGAAGUGGUAUUUGCAGGGAAUUAAUACAGAACCAAAUGAUUAUUUGUCCUGUUUAAAGGGUGCGCAACUGAGCAGUAGGCAUGUAGGGUUUUGUAACUGCAGCAAGGCCAACCAGGGGGAUAAGAUUCCCUUGGCAAUGAAUAGUAGCUGUGAAGUUUUCAUCUAAAAGAGUUUUGACUCAGGAAUAUACUGUUUGUGUUUCUUUCGGUGGUGCUUGAUUAUAGGAUGGAAACAAAGUCAAAAGGUGGAGUUCAAGAUCUUAUCUGUGCUGCUGUCCAGCAUCUUUUGGCCCUAUAGGUGGCCUUGAAAGAGUACAUAAAUAAGACUGAGUUGGUGCGAAGAGCUGCCGUUUUUGUUCUUACCAAUCUUGUGCAUCAGAGGAAACCUGGAAGAACUGUGGAGAUGGAGAGAUUUCUGAGCACAUUCCCUAUACGUUAAAGAACAUAUUUUAGGUAUGGUAUUUAUACAGCCAGCCACAAAAAGAACAAUUCUUCAUUCUUGCCCCGGUGUUUGGCGUCUGUGCCCCUGUGCAAUAUGAUAAAUGAAGUAUAAAAAGAUAGCUGCCCCACAGGAGGUGAGGUUAUUUGUGCUACAAAGGCCCAGGGGAUGCAGGGUGAGGAUAACGUGGAGCUCUGGGGGGACAUCUGGUGAGACAGCCUGCUGUGUUUGUGAUGCAUUGAUUGAAAAGCACGAACGCCUGCGACAUGUGAUACGUUAGACUUGAGUUUGAUCUGGAAGUGUGGCUUGUUAGCUCAGUAAUAACCACAUCCUGGGCUAACACACAUCUCUAGCCUCAGAGUUUUAUGUAGACCAGGAAAUGGUUUUUGUGUGUUUUGGGUUAACUCUUUCCAUAGAUACAGGUCAAGUUCAAGCGCUGUUAUCCAGCUGUGGGCAGGCAGCACAGUGUACUCUCCCACUGUGACAGAGAGACCCACGAGGGCUUCUCUUGCAUUAAGUGAGUACCAAAUUGAAGUCUCCAGGUCAAAUCCACCCCUUGGCCUUAAUGUGUGGUUGCAGUUUGGUCUCCUGCCUGCCCGCUUUUUGCAUAGGCAGCCAAUGGAAAUGAUCUUGCACAAAGCCAAAGGUGAAUUUCUCAUUCUCUCCCCUCAUAUUUAAUUUACCCCUCAGAAUGAUGAUCUGUUUUAUAUUCAAGGCUUUGCUUGCAAACGCUGUAGCUUAAAGAAAGGCUGGUAUUUUAUUUGAAUAAUCUCUUUUCUUUCAGGUUAAAUAACAUUUGUGUUUUAAGUAGAUAAGAUAACAGUUCCAGCAGCAAUAAAUUUCCUGUAGUCGCGCUAUCUUUUUUCCCUAAGCAUUUCUAACUGAGCAGUUGGCCUUGUUAGGAGCUUUUGUUCAGCAUCAUCAAUUAGUGGCUUUCCUUAACAGCGGUGUCUGUUAGCUUUGUUCAUUGCAAACACUUUCCCUUUCAAACAUUUCUGAUGGAUUGGAAUGUUUUAUGGCUGAGAACUUCGGUCCAUUUUUUUGUUCUUGAGAUGAUAUCAGCCCUGAUUUAUUUAUUUUUUUUCCCCCCCCUGGCUUUUCUGCUGAAUGUUUUGUGAGAAGGAUAUCAUUGGCACUUCUAAAGCAUGCAGCUUUUACUUCCUGAGGAAUGAAUGAAGGGAAGGAAUAGUUGGAGCACACUCCUGUUUAUUACACUGAACCAUCACUUUUUUCCCCCAGAGCUCACACCACGCUGCUGAUGAUGACGGUGCAUUUGAAAUCAGUCGAAGCAGCUCUUGCAUUCAGAGAUGGUUUGCGUUCUUUCGGUCUCAUUCACAUCCAACUGAACUGGUUUUGCACCCUUAAAUGUGCAAUACCACUUAAUGACUGUUAGACUCAUUUCUUAUUUUGAUCAUUUAUUUAGCAAGGGUACCAAAAGGAAAGACAAAGCAUUUUGGGUGCAGGUUCUUGCUCUGGCUCUUGCAUCUCCGUCUCCCCACAGCACCAGUGGCUUUUAAGUGUAAAAGACCAAAUUGCAGAUGUUGUUUUUUAAUGUUUCUGUGACUUUUUACAUUUCAUUUUCCCAAGGUCAUUAGAUUCAAACACGAAUAUUAACAUAAAUAGAGCACUUUGAAGAAGAGGGCUAUUAUGUCAGCACUAGAUGUUAUUAGACUGGCUCCAAUCUAAGAGGAGCUUGUUGGAUUUUGAUUUCUUUCUUUCUUUCCAGAAAUAUGCCUCAGUUUGGUCUUUGCUGGAUGGAUGCACUGAGCAUUGGUGAGGACAGAGUGCAUCUCCUGUAAGAGAGGCCAAGCUCUUUCAGAGGCUCUGUCAAGAGGAGCCAAAGACAAUUUAGGAAGGGGAAAAGCCCUGCCCAGCAGAUAGCUCUCUCCCUCUUAGCGUUGAUUGCCCAGGUUUAGCUUUAGCUGAACCCACAGGUAGAUGCCCCAAAGCAAUGCUCUUUAUUCUAUUAUGUCUCUGUUCACUAUUGCCUCUCUUUCAUUGCUGGAACAUAGCUGGUUUGUGUUAGAAAAUAAAGUGUUAGAAAAUAAACCUGAUGAUAAGGUAAUUUUUUCAAUGCGGUUUUUAAUAUAUAGUUAAUAGUGUCUGUCAAGCUACUACCUGGUGAAAUGGUUUGGCUCGUGAGAGUGCCAUUUCGGAGGAUAUAAAUCACCUUAGUCUGUUUUACUUUACAUAUACUUUCAGGUAGUGAUUUAAGUUAGUUAACGAGGGUGUGAGAGUGCAGUAUCGCAGCAUUGCUCCUUAAGGAUGCCUGGUAGUGCCAUGAGAACACGGGCUGGGGAUUUGGGCUCCUUGGGCUCUCUGCAGUCCCAUCACAGAAGCUAGAUGCUGGAGCACUCUGAAAUGUUCACAGUGGCACUUGCUCUUCUGUGUGAACCCCUUCCUCUGCCAUCCUCCUCAGGUUGUCUGAUCUUUGAGCUGAGCUCAGGCUGUGGCUCUUACAGUCACCUCCUUUGGAGAUUGCACCCACAUGACUGUUGUUUCGUUUUCUCUGCAGUAAUCUGCUGCUGGCUCCUCCGUGACCUUUCUCCCUAAGAAAAACCUGUAUACUUCAAAGGUCUCUCAGGACAGUGAAACUACUUUGGUUCUGUCAAACAUAGGUGCGAAUAGGUUUCUCUCAUGCAAAAUUACUGACUGUUAUCUCUUUCUCUUUGCAGACAGGUCUUUUCAAGUAAGAUUCUUUCAACUAUAAUCUCUUUUGCAUGUUUAGUCAGUUUAGUGCAAACCUGACGAGGAAGAGACUCGUUCUCUGAUCUGAUGGUAGAACACAGUACUCAUUAAAAUUAAUAAUAAUAAUAAAAAUCAAAGUCUGUGGAUGCUUGAAGGCAUAGCUGACACCAUAACAAACAAUGAAGUUUUAGACAUAAACCCAGACUGGCAGCCUUGGCAGAUCAGCUGUUGACAUAACAGCAUCUUAACAACAAAAAGCAAAGAAAACAACAGCAACAAAAAUCCUUUUCCUCACUUUGCAACAUUUCUGAAAGCUCUUAUUUUUGUCUCCAGGCUUUUCUUUGGCAUACCCUGGACCCAGAGCAAGGAGGGAGUAGGAAACACCAUCCCAGAGCUGUGUCUGCACUAGGGGGCUGUGCUUGCAUGGCGAUAAGAGGAUUAGAAGUUUAGAGAAAGCUUUGUCCUCGUGUGGUAAGCCCUGAUAACAAACUUUGACUCAGUUAGCUGCUGCUUACAGCACAUUCCUCAUUGGAACAUAUCUGCAAUUGACCUUGACAUGGAAAACAUAAACCCGGUGGAAACAAACUGGUGAUGAUCUCCGUCUAACUGGAGAGCAGACUUCUGAUGUGAGCGCUGCAGCACCAUCCUUUCGGUAGCCCUGAGUCUCUGUAGGUGGAUGAACUGUUUCAGGACAUUCCUUCAUUCUGAGAAGUGGCUGUGGCCAACCAGCUGGAGGCUGCUGAGCUGCCCUGCGGUGCAAGAGGUGUGCUGGCAGGCAGCCCUGUGUUAAUUUUGAUGGCAAAGCUGUCUGAUCUUUUCCAGCUCUGACUUUUGGGUUUCUGCAAAGUAAAAAACUGCCUUAUGCAAAGGUGAUUCCACGCCAGGAGAAGGGUUCUGUGCUCCUUAGAGGGAAUGAAGGGAGGUAACUGAUCAUUCUCUGUAGCUGAUCCCAUUCUGACAGUUCUCAUUACAUCAAAUUUGAGUGCUCACUCUACCAUAUGGGAAAAGAGGCGGGGGAGUCUGUCUAGGACCACUGCUGGGGUGGGUCUCCAGUGGUGCUUGUGUCUUGACCUCAGGCAAUGCUUCCAUUCUUCCUUUGUUAAAAGAGUGAUUUGUCAGAUGCCAGGGACUCCUCAAUAAGUCUCCUGGGCUGGAGGAGAAUGGUCAGCAGUAUCUCAUAGGUUUCAUCACAGAUCAAUUUUUAACGUUCAGAUUGGUUGUCCCUAGGACUUAAGUUGAGUUUGUCACAUCAGUAUCACAGCAGAAGCAAAAGAGCUGCUAUCUUGGCAGGUGCUGGAACACCUUCCGGGCUCCUGGAGCUGGGGACAGCACUCAGCUCUUCAUAGAGAAGUGUGAUGCAGAAAAUUAGUUGUUAAAGCAAAUACAGGGAGAAAGGAGCAAGACAAGUGAAAGCCGAGAAAGCUGGAGUGAUUGUAAGUAAAUGACAGCUAUCUUCACCCUGCUCCAUCAUUUUGAGAUUUCAAUGGAAAAAUCUCUUAUUCUUUUAAUAAUCUCUUAUUUUUUAUUGAAUGAAAUUGAAUCUAUCCUACAGGGUCCCUUCCUGUAUCUCUGCAGAGGAGUGUGUGGCAUUGUUCUCUAUCUCUGGUAUCUCAGGUCCUCUAUGGCAGAAUUCUGCAUCCAGCAAAGCUGCUUUUACCUACUGGCAGUGCUUUGGGAUGGAGCAGAGCUGGGGUGGCUCUCUUCUGCAGUCGCUUCCUGUCCGUACAGCACGAGUAUCUGGGAGUAAACACGCUGGGAAAUAUUUGUGCUGUGUCCUAUAAACAGGGUGUGUGUUGUUUACCUGGAGCAAAAAAUCUGUCCGUUGAUUGUGCCAUAAAAUAGCCAAGAAAAUGGAAGUUUUAAUCUUAGCAGAAUAGUACUGCGAGUGCUCUUCAGUAAGCAUGGCUGUGGUCACUGGGAUCUCCUGCUGUCAGCUGGAGGAAGGAAUUCUCAUUGUUGGAGUCCUGAUUUUUUUUUUUUCAGGGAGCUGGAACUUUGCAUUUCCCCUUGCAAGUGAGUAGGAUUUCAUUAACGAGAUGGGCCCCAGCUGGAACUGACAGCCAAGAACCUGGUUUUUCAUCUUGUUGCCCUGUUUUGAGAGGGACUUCUAUUAGUAAGCACUGCUCAGCCGAGGUCCUCUGCCUGGUGCACCCCAGGGCCCCAUCCCAUUGCUCCCUGCCCGGUGCCAUGCGGUCCCCAGCAGUGCUGGCGGCUGAAGCUGUCCUGGGAAAUCGAGUGGAUGGCUCAUGGGGUGCAUCAUUUGCAAGUGGCUGAGCAAGUGUGGUGUGGGGAAUGGCCGAGGCUGAAUGGGAGCUGACAGUUUCCUUGGCACCCGAAACAGAAAUAAAUCCUUUCCUUUGUCUCUAGCUUAGCAGAACUGAGCAGGGACAAGCCAGAGAGGGCAGUUUUAAGUUUCAGGUACCAAAUAUGCAGGGUGGGAAGCAGCUAAAUCCUCUUUCUCUAGCAAGAUUUGAAUCAAGCUAGGCUAACCCGUGAGGAAGACCCUAAAAUCUUAUUCUGGGAGCUGAAAAUUGUAAACCGACACCAGAAGCUGCUGCUUUUCCCUGUGGCUAUGUGACCAGGCUGCAGCGAAAUAAAAUAUACCCCCUUGGGUUAAACGUGGGAAGAAAGUGGACAGGAUGUGGGAAGCUGCUGAAUAAUCCAGUGAGGAGAACUUGAUCUAUCUCAGAGGCACACUUCCUAACCUGGCUGAAGGUCCUGGCUGGGAAAUUCUUCCCUGCCUCAUUUGUAGGAGCGACGUGGGUGAGGAGUGAUGGAGGAGAAGGGGCAGCAAUGUGCUGUGUGGUGUCUGUGAUGUCCUAUAGGCUGUACAGCAAGGUGAUGCUCAGCUUCUCUUCUGUGGGAUUGUUUGAAUUCCUGCUGCUGUUGUGGUUGGCUGUUUCUCCCUGUAGUAAGGAUAUGCCUUCCUGCCAGACUCCGCAGUGCCCUCCUGGCAGGGAAAGGGGCAACCAUAGCUUGCCUGGCGGAGGGCAGCUCCACACUGCAGCUCCAUUCUGCAAAUCAGCAAAGGCAACUGAGCGUGUGAUGCUGCGUACAGUGGAGGAGCUUGGCUGGAGGAGGCAGAGGUUAAGAAUGCAGCCCAGAGAACAGCAGGGGGAACGCUAAAAUGUUUGUCCUGUGCUCUGUAAAUACAGCAGAUAUGCCUGCAUUUCAAACCCAGUUUAGCAACACUCAUGUACAUACGGUUUCACAGACAGCUUUCUUUCUGCAUCACCUGCAGGAACAGUAACGUUGAUGCUGAGUGGCAAACAGUGGGAGCCGUUCCAGUAUGAAUAUUCUGACAAGGGAAUGAGCCUGUUUGCUUGGCUGCAAAGGCCUUGGAAUCCAGCAAGGAGUACACAGUGACCCCAUCUCUGCACCAAACAGUGGUUUUCUGACCAAAUUCGCCCAAACUUUGCAAUGUCUGCAAAAAAUUAAAAAAAAAAAAAAAAAAAAGCACCCCAAAAGCAUGAGGUGAUUUAAGUCUCGAGAAUCCUAAUUAAGAAAUAGCAAUUAAAGACUUGCCUGAACCUACAACUGGCCUUACUGGCUCCUCAGUAUGGAUGUCCUGUAGUGGUUAGGAGCAGCAUCCCCGCUGGUUGGGGUGCCCACCCAUCAGGCCUUGAGAGGGAAUUGAAACACUCAUUUUUUGACACCCCAUGUUCUGAAGGUUCUCCCCUCGUUGCUUUUCCCAGAAUGCUCAAAACAAAAGUGCGUUUCCUGUUUAGAAAGAGAGAGAAGAUAAGCCCUAAAGUGCAGCCUCCUGCUCUGGCUACCCCAAGUAUAAACAGCCUGCGCGGCCAGGCACUGCUUUUGUUUGUUCUAGCAGCUUUCUCUCCUUAAAGGUACAUUAGGCACAAUUAUACAAAGUCCGUUUUCUGGCAGCAUCACUCCUGACUGGCACGAGAGCUCCAGGACCAUCAGCUCAUCAGGAAAUCUCCUGUCUGCCCGGAGCACACAGUGAAUUCCCACCUUUGCACUCAAGGCACAGCAUUAAGUGCUUCCAAAGUAUGUUACUCGUUUGCAUUUCUGUAAUAUUUCUCCACUGUAGCAUCAGAGUGCUCUGUAAAUAGUCACUGCUAACCUCCCUGGGUGGGGUGCUGGGGAUGGGUUUGUUUUUUUGGCUUACGGAGAGCAAAAGGUUUGCGUUGUGAGUCAGCACUGAAGCUCAGUAAUUCAACACGAGAUGGGUUUAAGGCUACCUUUGACCAAUCCGGGGCUGUUGUGGCUUCCAGGGUAAUGCAGAGCAUCCGUGGAAUCCCUCUGUGCAGCAGGGUGGAGAUCUGAGGAAGAGACCUACAGCCAAAUGGCCUGAGCUGUCACAGCACGGUACCUAUGAUUCCCGUGACGGCUCCAUCCUGCAACGUUCUGAACCUCCUCACUGUGCUUCAGCAAUGCGAUCAGGUCCAGAUACGAGCUCAGGACUGGACCUACUGCAACAAGCAGUGUGAACAAUGCUGGGCUCUUACUGCCAUGCUCAGUGAGUUUCUGGCUGCAUCUAGAGUGCCAAAAAAACUUAUUGCAGGAAACAGGAGUGUCAUUUCUCCUUGUCUGCUGUGAGCGAGUCCUCAUCGGUUCAAGUGACAACACGUGCAGGUGCCUCUCUGCUUUUUCCACACCGGAGGCGUCUGCUGUGACCGAGUUCGACUUAAGAGCAACUGAGCGGAAGGUUUGGAGAGCGAGAGCUGAGCGUGCACCUCCUGAACCCCCCGAGGACCUGCGGGGACCUGUGAGCACCUAUGAGCGCAGAGCACAGCACGUGAAGGGUGAGCACAGAGCGGAUCCCUGCCUGCCCACACCCGGACUUGACGUUACUGGGACCGUAUCUCUCAGCAGCAGGAAAAGACACUUCGUUCACCGAUGCUAAAGAUGGGAGACGGCAUCCGUCCAUCAGGCAGGGAAAAGAAACUGCAGACUUUGCCUGUGGGACACCUCGGGUUGUGCUGCAGUGCUGCAGCCCACGGGCAGUGAGGGGCAGCAUGGCUCUCAGUGUGCUCCUGCGCAACCGCAGGGCUCAGCUCCUGCUGCUCAACUCGCUGACCUUCGGCCUGGAGGUCUGCCUGGCUGCUGGCAUCACCUACGUGCCUCCUUUGCUCCUGGAAGUGGGCGUGGAAGAGAAGUUCAUGACCAUGGUGUUGGGGAUAGGACCUGUCCUUGGCCUGGUUUUUGUCCCACUGAUUGGAUCUGCCAGUGACCACUGGCACAGCAGCUAUGGCCGGAGGCGGCCGUUCAUCUGGGUGCUGUGCCUGGGAGUCCUGCUGAGCCUCUUCAUCAUCCCUCAUGCCAGCAGCCUGGCCAGCCUGUUUGCCCUCAAUGCUCGCCCGCUGGAGAUCGCCUUCCUCAUCCUGGGCAUUGGGAUGCUGGAUUUCUGCGGCCAGGUCUGCUUCACCCCACUGGAGGCACUGCUCUCAGACCUCUUCCAGGAGCCGGAUAACUGCCGCCAGGCCUUCUCCAUGUACGCCUUCAUGAUCAGCUUGGGGGGCUGCAUUGGCUACCUGCUUCCAGCCAUUGACUGGGGGGCCAGCUUUCUGGCCCCAUACCUGGGAGGACAGGAGACGUGCCUCUUCAGCCUCCUCGCUGUUAUUUUCCUUGGCUGUGUUCUGGCCACGCUCUUUGUGACCGAAGAAGCAGCUGCCCAAGUGGAUGCACUGGAUGGCCCGGUGCUUAAGGAUGCUCUCCCGAAUCCCUCACCCUCUGCCUGCUGCUCUUGCCAGCUCUCCAGGAGCCUUCUGCAGGCCAGGCAUGUGAUGCAGGCCCUGAGGAACCUCUGCACAUUGGUGCCACGGCUUCACAGCCUCUACUGCCGCAUCCCCAAGGUUAUCCGGCGCCUGUUUGUGGCUGAGCUCUGCAGCUGGAUGGCACUCAUGACUUUCAUGCUGUUCUACACAGACUUUGUUGGGGAAGGGCUGUACCUCGGUGUCCCCAGAGCCAAGCCGGGCACAGACGCCAGACGCCGCUAUGAUGAAGGUGUCCGGAUGGGCAGCCUGGGACUCUUCUUGCAAUGCGUCACCUCCAUCUUCUUUUCGACAAUCAUGGACCGGAUGGUGAAGCAGUUUGGGACACGAGCUGUCUACCUGGCCAGCGUGGUGUUCUUCCCUGCUGCUGCCUUUGUCAUGUGCCUUUCCCACAGCGUCAUAGUCGUCACCAUCUCUGCUGCUCUCACGGGCUUCACCUUCUCUGCACUCCAGAUCCUGCCGUACACACUGGCGUCGCUGUACCAUCAUGAAAAACAGGUAUUUUUGCAUAAAUACAAGAGCAAAGAGGAGAAGGACGCAGCUCGAUCAGACAAGAAAUCAGCCUUCCCCAAAGGCCACCUCUCCAACCAGAAGCUGCCUUACCAGAACGGACACGCCGGGGGCCUCUACUCCUCAUCUUCCUCUUCCUCCUCUCCCCCAGCUGCCAGCUCUGCCCUGUGUGGCAGCUCCUCCUGUGAUGUCUCACUGAUGAUGAUGGUGGGCGAGUCGGACUCGGUGCCUCCAGGCCGAGGGAUCUGUUUGGACCUGGCCAUUUUGGACAGCGCUUUCCUCCUCUCUCAGGUCGUCCCCUCUCUCUUCAUGGGGUCCAUCGUCCAGUUUACGCAGUCGGUGACUGCCUACAUGGUGUCAGCUGCUGGCCUCGGCCUCGUUGCCAUUUACUUUGCAACCAAAGUUGUCUUUGAUAAGAGUGACAUGGCCAAGUAUUCGGUGUGAUGGGGAAUGCACCGGGGCGGCACGUGGGUGCCAAGACGAGGGCCGUGCACAUCCCCACGGCUGCUUGUGGGGUGCCCCGUGUCGUGUGUGCUGUCCCCGUGCUGCUGCUGGGAGCCCCGGUGCUGCUCUGGGGCUGGGGAUGGCAGAGAGGCGGCAGGGAUAAUCUCAGGUGUAAAUAGGAGGCAUUGGGGCAUUGUGCUUUGGGCCAUCAGUGCUUUCCACACGGUGCCUUUCUCAACAGCAAGCACUGCACAGCCAACACCAAAGGGAUUGCACCGGGGGAGAGGGGGGAGAAAGGAACUGGGCUUUUCCUUUAGUAAUGGGUGUGGGGAGGGGGGAAGAGCCGCCAGCUCUCCUGCUGUGCAGUGCUGGGUGUAUCCUCUUCCCUCACCUACUGCAGUUGUACUCAACGUAUUGAGUAACGCUUCCUCAGAGAGGACACUGAGAGGAGAUCACUUUGGAAGGCUGGGAGCUCAGGUUUGGCUGUGGAGCAGGAGGGAUGCGUGUCUGUUCUGACAGGGAGAAACCACCCAGGAGAAAAGGCACCGUGGCCUGCUUUGGAAAAACAAGGAAGGUUUCAUUAGGACCGAUUCCAAAAGAUGACUUAUCUUUUACCUACGUACCAAAUUGCAUCAGGUGGAAAGGACUGCUUAACGUUUUUUAUUUCUUUAAGAAUGAUUCUUUUUAGCUUCCCUUACAGUUCUGAAUAGCCGACCUUCCCUCUGUGCCCAGAACAGCUGCCUGCCCUCUCCCAGUGCCUCCUACAGGUCCAGACUGCUGUGCCCCUCUCACCCCCAAACGAUGCUGCAGCAUCACGAGGGUUCGGUCCUGCAGCGAGGGAGGAGAACAGGCAGAGCUCUCCAGGAAGGCAGUCUGGGAACAAACAUACCUCAUCAAAUUCUUAUCUGCUCCAAGUGCUUCUUGGCCCCAUAACGCUGGGACCAGUGCUGCUGGGUUGGUCAGCUCUCCGAUGGGGGUCACCUGCUGCUGGCCUGAGACAGGUGCACCAGCUGCACCAUUGCUCCGCCACUCAGAGAUUACCCCUGUGCUGAGUAGAAGCCAGGAUCCUGGCUUGCAGUUGGCACCUGGGCUCUGAAAUGGUGCAAGCAAUGCCCAGAGAGAGGCACGAGCGUUUGGAGGCAGGGCUGGGGCUGAGCAGCCCUCAGUUUUAGCUGCAAACAAAGUGUUUGUGACCGAUUUCCAGUGGAGGUGUGUGGGCAGUGAGAUGUGCUGCUGGGGCACUGCUGAAGGGCAAAAUGCUGCUAUUUUUGCAAGGUUGUGUCAGAAUAUUCCUUGGCAUGGAAGUGAGAUUCCUCCCCUGCUGCCAGCAGGCGGGUCCUGAGAGGGCUUCUCCCCACUGCUUUAAACAUCUUUCCCGUCAGGGGUGACUCUUUUUGUUUUAUUUCUCCUCAAAUUAUACGCCUCCCAGCCUCCCUUUCCCACAAGAAGCCCCAUGUGCUGAAAGGCAGCUGUUUUGGGAACGGAUUUGGCAGCUGCACAGCCAUUGACGGAAGCAGUUUUUCAUGUGUGCUUCCAGCCCUGAUCUCUGCCCACCCCAACCUUCAGGGGGAAGUCCUGCAGGCAGAAGGUCACUACCAAAGGUGCAGCACUCCUUGGUUGAACGCUCCCAGGGAUCGGUAACCUCUGACCAGGGGUUUUCAAAGAGGUCCCAGCCUGAGUGCUGCUGGAACACUUUGCCAUCUGUUUAAGUGCCUGAAGAGUGCUUCCACAACACAGCCCGGCUGUGCAGGAGGAACGAUGAGGGCCUUGAGAGCUUCGUUAAGAGCAUCCAAGUGAUACUUGAGAGAGCAGCGGGCUCAGGGGGUCGGCAGCCUUGUCUCAUAACAUCUUUUGGUUUGGAACGUGGGAUACAAAGAUCCUUAACACAUAGCUGUCCCCCGAGAGCAGAAGGCUGAGAUCUGCCUGAUUCCCCAGCAGAGCUGCCCCCAUCCCCAGAGAUGGUUUCGGAGUAGUGAUGUAUUGAUGGCCAGGAGUGGUUUUGGGGUGACGUUGGGUGCAGCAGGCUGUGUGUCCCGGCCGAGCUGCAGGGCCUGAGGUCAGUCCAUGCUGGUUGGGUCUCCGAUCUGCCCUCCGCUCAGCCUCUCUGAUCGCCCACCCACGUCUGCCCUGUGUUGAGGCUUUGGUACCCGGCUCUCGGUGGCAGCUCUGACCUUAUGCAUCCAGGGAGCUGCCUGCAUUUACUUCGCUUAUGCUCUGAGAAGACCACUGAGCAACUGAGCCCGUGGCUGUGGCCAGCUGCUCUUGCUGCUUCAUUCCAGGCGGGUGCCUGAUGGCUCACCUUGGCCUGACCUGAGGGAUGGUUGGUGACACAGCUGUGUCUCUGCAGAGAUGUGGUCCCAUUUAACCAUCCAUUCACAUCCUGGCUGUGCUGCUCUCUUUCCAGUCAGCUCAGCAAGUGUGAGAAGAGCUCCCUGGUUAUCUACCAAGAGGCUCUCUGAUUUCUCAGCUCUCUCUUCCCCCUUCUUUCCAUUUCCUCAGCUGGAAUGAAACCCUGCGGAUUCGGUAAUUGCUCCUUUCCUCCUUACCCUCCUAUUACACCAGCAGAAGUCUGCCGGGCCCUCUGCCAGCCCCCAGCACAGUGGGCAGAUGGGUGCAGGGAGGAGCUCUUGCCAAGACCCGUUGCUCUUUGCUAACCCUGUCCCCUGUGGGAGCCCAAACCCAAACAGAUGGGGGCUGUCUGCAGGAGAGCGGUGUAGGAGACCGCAGUGUGCAGUCUGGCUGUUACCAAAAGCCUUUCUUCCUAAGGGCAGGCUUAUAGGAGGCUUAUAGGAGAGGCAUUUUCCAGCAUACAUACUGGGAAACUCCUAUCUUCCUAAGACUCUGGGUAACCAAUGUGCUUCUGCUAGGACCUCUCCCUGUGUCCACAUCCCACACAGCCCAGCAGGGGACACAGGUGUGUUCUGGUAAAGGAAAGCACACCCCUUGCACACUGUUAUUGAUCUAACCUGUGUGAGCACACAGUUCUCCUUAGCACUUGAUCAUGCUGUACAGUUUAUAGGUCUGGGUGAAAGCUCCUCGGAGGCUGAUGCUGGGAGCCCCUCUGUUUCUAUAGGUGCACUUCUGCUUGGGGUGAGCCACGCUGUGCCUCUCCUUUCCUAUUGCAAGGUGGUGAUUUUGGGAGUGAGUUGGGGUGCGGAGGGGGAAAAGGGAGAAUGUAUUUUCUAAUGGGAGAUGAUUGCUGGGGAUCUCCGGGCGAUGGAAGGACGUUUGAUGCUGUUUUUUCCUUUCGAGAUCACACGCUGUCUGCAAGACGCGGAUGUUUUAUUUAUUCAAUCGAGUAAUUAUUUUGUAUACGGCGCGAGAAGAGGGCUGGUUUUGUGAUUUUAUGAUGUAAAGGGGGAAAUAAAUGGGGUUCAGCGGA